AUGCCCCGCGACCGCGAGGGCCUCUUUUACAAUGCAAAGCAACCGAAACACUCCACUUCAACCUCCUCAAGUCGGCGAUCUUCGACAACUGUGGACGACAAGGGCUGCAUAAUCACGAGAGGCUUUGUGGUUCCGAGCAGGUCUUCGUCGCAAUCCUCAAUGGCCAGGAGCACCGCUUCUUCAUUCGAAACUUCCGGCACGCCCCCAACACCAACCGACAGCGCAUCACCAAGCUUCUCGCGGUCCACUGCCUUCAUGUCUAAGUCUUCGUUGCGCCGGACAAGCUCGUCGGCAUCUUCAUUGCGACGUUCAAUUCUGGCCUCGAAUCGAAGCGAACGAGCUGACCUUGAGCGCCGGCAGACCUGGCAAACUGAUGACUCGCUGUCCGCCUCCCAUGGCAGCCGGCUGGAUGAUGACGACCUUGCAGCCACCUUGUGUUGUGCUCAGCCUGCGGCCAGCUCAGACGUAUUCCUUGCGCCGCCCGCCAUCGCCAUCCCAGGUGUCAGAGCCGACCGUGCCUGGCAACCUCACCCACUCAGACAGGUCGCUCCCGUCCGUCGCACCAAGAGCGAGCAGACUAACCUAAACAACCUCACGAUGCGAGAGAACAGAAAGGCUCGGUCAAAGUCUGCACAAGAUGCCCCGAAAAGGGUCGCGAAUGUCAAGAUCGUGCUUCGCGAGCACGCUGAUGAUGCUAUCGCAUCAGAUAGCGAGGAUGACGACGACGAGUGCAAUACUGCUCUUUCGCUUCGCAUCUCUGCCCAGCGGAAUCGUCUAGACUAUGCCACACGGCGCGCUUUGACUGACGAAAAGAACGCUGCAAUCAUGCACCGAGUACAGCAAGUUGCAACGCCGCCUGAGCUCUAUUCGCCCAUCUCGACACCUGUUCCCGAUGCCUCUGACAUAACAGCAGAUCUCAUUCAGGUCUGCCAGAAAUUGGAGCGCGUCUAUGCGGAUAAUGCAAUUGCUUCAGAUAGCGAGUCUGACGAUGACUACACGUGCAAAGGCGAUCCAAAGAUGACUGCCGCACUUCAACAGGCUGCCAUACAUGGAGUUCAUAACGCCGUAGCAACCCAGAUCGAUGCGGCUGCCUAUAUGGGAGUCGAACUACAGAAGCGAGCAAUGUCAGACGCGGGCCUUGCUUCUCGAGUCACGGAUCCCAGCCACUCUGUCAAGCUCAGCCCACAUAGGCGCAACGUAUCGGCAGGCAAUCUGACUGUCCGGCUGAUCCCACCACAAUCAACGAAAGGCGCAGAAGUGUAUGAACAUGAUGGUAAGACUCCCAUCGAAGUGGCGACGUUCGAUAAGGGAGCAGUGCUAGCAAUGAGGUCUCUGCGGCCCUCAAAGACUAGACCAAAGCCUACGAAGGGGGUGCUGAAGAAGACUGGAUCUCCACCAUCGACGGGUGUCUCGACCGCAGAGUGUUCGCCCUCGAAAAAUGUGCAGACUCGAAUCAGUCAUGGCAAAGACGUGGACGGGCUUCUGAAGCCCAUGCCACCGCCAAAACUGAUCUUUAAGCAGCCAGCGCAGUCGACUGCGUCUGAAAAUGGAGCAGACAAGGCUGCCCUUUAG